AUGACGAACUUCACAGAAAACAACAAUGGGAGUUCUUCCUCUUCACCAACACCUUCUGUAGUGCCUCGAGAUUUUGAUGCUUUUGAAGAUUUCUAUGCUAAUGGAAAUUGGAGUUCAAACAACUAUGAUACCGCCAUUGAGAUUGAUGAUCACAGUUCUUCUGAGGAUGAACAAGAGUUCGAUCCAAUUGAUCAGGAUGAGGAGUCUCGAUCGGUUGUAAAAUGUUCUGUAUGUGAUUUUGACAUCAAUGUUUCUGCACUUCAGACAUACGGCUCAUAUACUAUGAUUUGUCCUGUGUGUGAGGAACAUUCAAGCUUGCGAAGCCGGCGAAAGCGGGCUUGGUACGCUAGGAAACAGAAGAAGUACGGUGCCUUGAAAGUUGAUUUGACAUUGAAUGACAAGAAACCAGCUCCCAGGGAAAAUAAACACGAACCAUUGUCACCAUGUAAGAACAAUGUGUAUCUUUCAAGCUCUGAUGAUUUCUUCUCAGAUGAAGAUACUAUCAGCAGUGCCUCCGACACGAGUGUUAUUGUAAAAAGCGAUGGGGAGGCAGAUGUACCAAUUACCGGCGGAGAUGAACAGGAUGUUGAAGAGAGAAGUAACAAGGCUGCAUUUGCUCAAGAGUUGGUUAUCUCAGCUUUAUUCUCAGAAUAA